AUGUCGACGACUAGAUCACAAUCGGAUCUGAAUCCGCCUGGUGAGCCGUCAUUCAACGAGAUUUUGAUCAAUACAGUCCGGGAAUAUCCGGCAUUAUAUAGUACUGCCAGAAGACCGUAUGACGGUGUCGAUCGACAACUGAUCUGGAAGGAAGUGGCGAAAAGGAUCGGACGGGACCUGCGUGAUCGUUACAGAAAAGAGCUGAAAAUUGCGAUUGCACAGAAUUUCUCACAACCUCAAAAAUGGAAUCAUUUUGCGCUUCUGAAGUGGCUCGACCCACAUCUUCAAGGCAAUGUGCCAAUGACAGCAAAUGCAGACGCACAUGCAUCGUCCUCGUCAUCGUUGGAUAAUAUGAACAAUUUGUCGUGUCUAGACGAGCUAUUUAAAACUCACAAUUCGUCCCAAGCAUCAGCUUCAUCCUCGCUGGCCGAUUAUGCAGCCGAUCUAAUGGCACAUGCACAGACUAGUAUUCGUUCGUUAUAUCCGGUGGAUACAACCGAAUCGGAUUCGUUGGACGAUGUCAAGCCGAUGUUAUCAACGAUACAAUCGGUUCUGGCAGCCACUGAAGUCAAAUUAGCGAACGAUCAAACGGCCGUUUCUUCAGUGGCAUCGAACACAAAUCAUGACACUGACAAUAAUAUGGGUAACGCGUUUGAAAAUGUCUUCUCGAUUGAGAACGCAAACGGCGUAGCAUCGAAACAGUUUGACGCGAAGCAAUCGGAAAUGCAAUUCAACAGCAGAUCGUCAGUAUCGUUAUCAUCGUCGUCAUCAGUGAAUAAUGAUAAUAUUAAUGAUAAUCAGUUGAUGUCAUCUACUGGAUCGAAUGAUAAUCUGAGCAGUAAUAAGCAUUCGUCGGUUAUUGAUACGAAUCGAUUGAAUCAGCCUGAGACAAUUCGUGCGCAUCCGAAAAUGAACUUCCAGUCGAAAAAAAGGUUUUUCGCUUCAACUUCACAGCGUAAUUGA